AUGGGUGUUAAUGGCGGUCCAGAAGUUUGGAGAAGAGUCAGGGAAGCUUGUACACGAAGAACUUGGCCAUGGUCUCGUUCAACUUCCCUUAGGGAAGGAAAAGGAACUGUAAUUUUCGCGUCGAGUCACGAAGAUUUGACUUUCUUAUACCGUCCAAACUUGAGCGUUAGGGUGAGUUGAGCUUUGCUUCACGUUGGUUGAUCGAAGGAGUUUCUUUGUUUCGGUCUAAAGUUCAUGUAAACACUGCCUUCGUUCUAGAGUCCUCGUGACACGAUCGAUAGAAAUGCAACAGUAACUUUCGAUCACGUACGGUGUUGCUCCAAGUUGAGUUAUAAAUGCUUCGUUUCGAGGUUUUUCUGAGAACUGAAUAACGUGUUACCCACGAAAUACCAUAGUCGUUUUUCUGUUUUGAGAGCCUUCAGCAAAUAUAGUCCCCAAUUUCAUAGUGAACUCCUAUGUUUUAGAUUUUCCUCCUAGUGGUGACUCGACUUUGCGGUUUUUAGGUAUAUUUGGGCGCGUUUUAAACGAUCUUUGCAAGUUUUGCGAACAUUUGCAUUUAAAUUGUUUGAUUGAUUUUUUAAUUUAUGAAUGGCCGUCUCUUUUGAUGAGCUCUCGAUCUUUUACGUUCCAAAACGUUUUGACAGCUAAGAAGUGACCGACAGUAUUUAUAUCGUUAAAUGCAGACUGUUUAGCCUAUCGAUCAAUCAUGGAAUCAGUGCAUAAACUUAAUUAGAUCAUUCGUGUUUCCAAGGGAUAGUAACAGCCAUCGGCAUUCUACCACGAAAGUCAAACAUAACUUAGUGCAACACCUGUUACUUAAAAAACAAUAUGGUUUAGAAACUCAUCGCAAUUAAAUGUUUUUGUGUCUUCAUUACCUGUUAUGGCAAACGUAAUGGUGUGUGUUUUUUUGUUAGUUUCAUAAUCUAAUACAUACUUUGAGCAUCAAAUAUCAAAGGAAUUACUUCUGAGAUCAACAAUUCUCGGAAAAUCUUUUGUUUGUGCAAUAAAAGUGGCGGUGACAUCUGUUCCAUUAUUUAACACCUAAGUUAAAAGAUGUCACUAUUGUCCUUUUGAUUAGAAUCCUAUACUCUGAUGUGUUUUUUUGUGCACAUAUAUCUGCAGCAAACUGAAAAGACUGUUAGCCUUCCAAACCUACUAUUCUGCUAGACUAUAUACUGCUUGUUAUCACAAUCCUAAAUCUGUUAACAAUCAAUUGCUUGAGGAAAUAGCACUUAAUGAAUUAAUGGCUUUGAUAGCAAAUAUGCAUGGUAAUUAGUUCUUAGAAAGAUAAAUGUUUACAAAGGUGGCUUUAUUUCAAUUCCUAGAAAUGUAUUGCUAUUUAAAGAGACCUCUAACCAAUGGUUUUCCUCUGAGACCAAUCAAACUCCUCCUCUGAAAACAUACUAAUCCUCAAAGGUGACACCUGGGUUUUCAUGCGUGGCAUAACAUUCCUAAACCCUGAUAUCAAAACACAACUUCUCCUCUUUUCACACUCUACUUUUCUUGAAGAAGAAUUAGGAGAACUUGGUCAAUAUCAAAAGAACUUAUCUUGUGGUCUGUGUGUUUGAGUAAUAAGUUAAAUUUUAAGGAGAAAUCUGCUGUCAAUCACAUAUAGGAUUGAAGAGGUUAGAGGGGAUACUUAUUAAAUGAGCAUUGUGGGUGGUCACAUGUUCUUCCGAGAAAAACUCUUAGAACUGUGUAUUAGGCCAAACAAAAGGCUUCUUAAUAACUGAUUUUUUUUAAUGGUUUCCGAGAAUUUUUUACAUACUAACUUCAGACUGGAGGGUACCGGGUGACUGAUAUUCAAUUUCAUCAUGGGAUUUCAGUUGUAUUUAUCUCUCCUGCUAUUUGUCUGCCUACCAAACAAUUUUUUUUUAAUCUGAGUUUUGAAAAUCUCGCAUUGGAUCAACCAGUAAUCACCUAAUUGUUAUUUUCUUUUAUUCUCAUCACUUGUCUGCUUGAUAUUGUAUCAAUAUUGUAAGGAGAAAGUCUGUCUUGGUCAUUCACUUAAGAUACUGGUAAAGGGAAAGUUACAGAGCUUCAGAGCAGUGCUCAUUUGACAGGUCCUAAACAGGAAUAAACAAUUUUAUCCAUGCUUAUUAGACAAGCAGAGCCUAAGUGCAGUGGGUUGACUGUUGUAAUAUGUUUGUUUUCUUUUUCGCACAGGAUGUCUGCACAGAAGCAGCCCAGAUACUCAAAAUCUCCCCAGUUGCAUUGGAUUUUUUCACCUUGGUUUCUGUAGACAGCAGACAUUUUCUUAAUCCAAACAAGGUGCUUAAUGAGGCCGAGUGUACCAGUCAGGUUUACUCAUUCAGACUGUGUAUCAAAGCCUGCCAUGGCCUAGAGCUGAGGGACAUUGAUAAGAAAGCAUUUGAAUAUUACUUUCAUCAGGUGUUUGUUACAAUUUUUGCUCAUUUUUCCCACAUGUAAUAACUGAUACAUUAAUCUUUUUUUUUUAUUUUUUAUUUACUGAAUAACUGUAAAUUGCUAUGAAACAGGGUUAUUAAUUGUCAUUUUUAUACAUGCCUUAUUAUAAAAAAUGUAAUUGGUCAAGAGCAUUCAAUCGAUAUACAAUAGCACAAGAACUUGACCUGAUAAACCAAUGUAUGCUGUGGACAUUGAGUUAUCAUGUCAAGUUCAAAGUCUGCCUAGUUUCCAAUCCCCUCUUCUGUGUAGUAUUCUUUUGAUAAUUAAUGAUAUCAUGCAAUUGAUGUAUGAGCUGAACUGAGAGGGUGGCUGAAUAGUCCAUUUUACAGUGGUGUGCUUGGUUGCCAAGCCUUCAAACAGGAAUGAGGCUAAGGGUGACCUUGUUAUGAUACAAACCUUGCUGCUUUUCAAAUGCGAAUUACUUUGUUAUCAUGCUAACUAGAUACUGAUCUCUAUCACAACAAGGUCACCUUCAGCCUCACUCCAAAUCAAAGGCUUGGACUGUGAAAUGACCUAUUGAAUUAUGCUUUUGUAUCAAGCAUUUAUGGCAUGUUGCAAAGCAGUGCUCCCUUUCCAGAGGUGCCCUGGGCAUUCUCCAGUAGAAAAAUUAGAUAUUUGAAAUUCCCUUAGAGGUACAAUCAGUCAAAAAUUAGAAAUUUGAAACUCCCUGAGAGGAAAAAUCAGUCUAAAAAUACUUCUUUUCUGUCUUAGAUUACAAUUUACAAAGUAGCCAGUGUGAAAUGAUCUAACAGCUAGCAGGUAUCUGCCAUUGAAAGCAGCUAAAGCAGCUCUUGAUCAUUGAACAAAUUCUCCUUGUCAGCACCUUAAGAAAUGAAGGACAAUGUGGAGAAUAUAUAUACUGAUGUAAGGGUGUUAGUGGUAAAACCUAUAUAUACCAUCCACAAUUUCAAUGAGAGUGGAUUUGCUCUUAAACAGCAAAAUUGUUACUUGUGGAUAGACUUUUUAAACUGUUAUUUAACCUACUACAUUUACCAAAUGUGCUUUGCAGUGUCGUAGAGACUUCUUGUCAGGUGCAAUAGGAAGAUUUGAUAAUCCUAAAGAUUUUGCAGUGUUGGUGAUUUAUGAAAUCAUCUAUCGAGCAAGACAACCAAAAUCACCAGUGCACCCAAAAGUUGUGAUUGAGCAUCCGUAAGUAAUUUUUUUUUACAAUUCAUGCAUGCAUUACUUGACGUGUAUCGAUGAUUAGACUCUAUCUUACCUAUAAUUGUAAAAUUCCAAAUUGAAAUGAAUGUACUCCAAAUCAGCAGGUUAACCCUUAAAUUCCAGAUCAAUUUUUUAAUUGAUCUUACUGUUAACCAUACAAUUCUUAUGUUAGUUCAGAGAAUUUAGUAUUGGAUCAACUAAUUAUCCCCAAAUUGAUAUUUUUCUUUAUUCUCAUCUCAUUUAUCUGCUUGAUAUUGUAUUGAUAUUGUAAGGAGAAAUUCUGUCUUGGUUACUUGUGGGAGCUAAAGGGUUAAGGAACUCAGGCUUCUUUUACCAACUUCAUAAAAUAAUGGCCAACCCUGGUGAAAAUCUUUCAAGGAUCUUUAAGGAUCUUACAAGAUCUUCAUGAGGACCUUUGAGGAUCCUCUUGAGGAUCUUCACCAGGAUCUUCAAAAUUCUUGUUAAGAUCUUCAAGGAUCCUUCAUUUUCUUGCCAAGAUCUUCAAGGAUCUUUGAUUUUCUUGCCAAGAUCUUCAAGGAUCUUUGAUUUUCUUGCCAAGAUCUUUGAGGAUCUUUGACUUUCUUGCCAUAAUUUACUCUUGAAUUUUUGAGAAAUUUAGUACCUUUAAUAAAAGUUGAUAGUUAGAUCUCACAAAAUAACCUUUAAUCCUUUGACCUCUAACUGUGACCAGCAUCUAAUUUCUCCUUACAAUACCACCCCUGAUUCACACUGUAAGGUCACAAGAAUAAAGGAAAUGAUCACCAACUUAUAAAGUUCUUGAUCUUCAAACAAAUUCUCCUUGUUAACAUCACAUGGAACUUAUGGAGAAUAUGUAUACUGAUGUAAGGGUGUAAAGGGCUAAGUUAAGUAAUUUUUUCAUGCAGUUAGGUGACCUCCAAAAAUACUAACCAUACAUUUUUCAGGGCAUUAAGAUUUCUUUUAUUCAUUUUUAAUUUUAAAUUUUGUUUAAUUUUGUCAAAAAUAUUGUUUUGCUAAUUGAAUUUAUUAAUAAUUGAUAGGGUUCGUUAUCGAAUUAAAUCAUUACUUCGGAGAGGGAUAUUUGAGGAAUACUCCCUGAAUGAAACACAGUCAUUUCUUAAGGAGAAUCUGGACAACUAUGAGUCUCUCAGAGAAACCCAACUCAAGAUUCAGUAUAUCAGCACUCUGGAAAAGGCUGAAGACUUUUUUGUGCACAAGUUAUCUUUUGAAAAGGUUUGUUCUCAACAAAAAGUGGAACUAAACUGUAUGGGACCUGAAAUUUAAGACAGAAGUGGCCACUGUUGAGGAUGUGUUCAAAAGUGAUAGAAGUUUGUCAUGCAGUGAACCAUUCUUUGAUACAAGACCUUCCCUGAUCUUUCCCCAUUAAAAGUUUUAUGAUCACAAGAAGCAGAGCACAACUUUUUUUAGAAGGAGACUGGGUCCUAUGUUGGGAUAGUAUUGAUCUGCUCUUCUUAAAGUAUCUAAAAUUCGCAGUCUAAGGGAAUAUUGUGUCAGCUGUUUAGUUCUUUGUGCCCCUAAGAGUGACUUACAAUAUCACCCCUGAAUUGAACAAUAAUGUCGUGGUAUUAAAGGAAAUGAUCACCAACUAAAGAAGCUCUUGAUUAUUAAACAAAUUCUCCUUGUUAGAACCUAAGGAAACUUGUGGAGAAUAGCAUGGAGAAAAUGCCUACUGAUCUUAGAGUGUAAAGGGUUACUGUACUUAGUCAAGUACGGAUAUAUAACUGUCUAUCUUCAUUUUAAAUUGUUUCUUUGCACUCUUAACUCAUAUCAGGUCAAUUCUUAUGAUGUAAUGGCCUUUGUGACCAUAAAACUGGCUUGAAUAAUUUCCUUCCCAAUCUGUAUAGCCAGAAAAUUGAAUUUAUUUUUGGUCGCAUAUUCAUUCACUUCACAGAUUUACCAGAAUGAAAAUGGGAGCAGUCAUAGAAAGUUUGAAGUUCACAUCAGUGCAUUUGGAAUUAAGAAAAAAAGAAAAGACAUUGAAAACAGUGUAAGUUUCAUUUGGAAAGUUCAUAUGAAAACUACAAUUCAAACCUGUAUUAAGUGGUCACCCACAAGGGGUGGUGGGGUGAGUGCUUAAUACAUGUUGAUGGGUUUAUACAGGUUUUAUAGAAAAGGGGUAGGGUAAUAAAUGAUAAAAACAACCUUUUCUGCCAUAAUUGACCACUUGAUGUACAAAAACUCACUCACAAAUGCUUCUAACACUGAUUUUGGGAGAUUAUUCUCAGUUUUACUUGGUGGUCCCACUUUGAGUGACUGUUGAAUGCAGGUGGAGGACAAGAUAAACAGGCUGUUGGGACUCAGUAUUUAAAGGGUGACCGUGACUAUUCAACAGAGGUGACCCCUUAAUAGAGGAGAAAUUUACCAUGAUGAAGGGGAAAAAAAUUCAGGACUUUUAAAACUGACCACUUAAUACAAGGUGACUUCUUGAUACAGUGCCACUUAAUAAAGGUUUGGCUGUAUAUCAAACAAUGAUGGCAAGUUAUUCUCGGUAAACAAUUUUUCUGGUUACAAAUCUGUGCUCUUGUAAGGGUCAAUAAGUAUCUGAAGGAUUUGGUCUUAGAAAUAUGUGGUGCCCUGUUUUAAACUCCUAGAACUGAUCAACAUGUAACUUCUCCUUGCUCUUCCUGUAAUUCAUCCAGCAGACAGGUUAGGAGAACAGACAAGCUUAUCAGCUUUAGGGUACUGUCUUGAUAUGACACCAAAUUCUCCUGUCUGAUUUACAAGGAAAUGUAAGGGAGUAAGAGGGGAGAAUUGCCCACAGGAUCUUAAUAGGUCAAAAACUUCUGAUGAAAGGGAGUUUUACUACUUGCUUCAAGACAGGAGUGGGCAGCCUGUAGCACAUUGAGUCUGUUAGAGCACACCCCUAAACUGAGGUUUUUCCCCAACUUGGAAUGUUUCUUUUUCAACAUUCAAUUAAACAGUGUUCUCCUAUUCAAGCGGUAACUGGAAAAAUUUACUACCAGUAACACCUCUUGUUACUGCUUAAAAUUGCUGGGAAUUCUUGAAAAUUCAAUAGUUAAAAGGAUUGCUGUAGCAGAUUGAAAAUUUCUUUUGCCUGUCAUCCAUUAAAACAAGGGAGAACACUGUUUAUUAGAUCAUAUUUGAAGGAAACUGUGUUUCUGUGUUUGUGGGCUGGUGAAACACCUCUAAUAGAUGAUUCUUAACUGUUCAUUGAUUUUAUUCAAUUUCAGAAUCCUGAGCCUAUAGUGGAAAAGUUUUAUGAUGUAACAGAAAUACAAUUCGACCACAUGACAAACCUCUUUAAAAUAUUUCGAAGGGAUGAUCAUCCAGAGGUAAUUAGGACAAUAUUUAACAAUGUAAACAUGGCAUAUUAACCCUUAAACUCCCACAAGUGAUUAACAUAUAACUUCUCCCAAUAAUAUCCAAGGCAUUCAUUAUUCAACAAACAGGUAAUAAGAAUAAGUCACUCAAACUUAUCAAGUAGAAUUUGUUAUCUUGAUCUAACACCAAAUACUCAUAAUUAAUAUAUGAGGAAAUGUGUAGCAGCUAGAGAGGAGAAUUAACAAUCAGAUCUUGGAAGUUAAAGGGUUGAGAUGUAGUCUUUCUGAAAGCAGUCCAGUGCGUUUCUGUUCGAAAAAUUAAUUUCUUUCAAUUUUUCCCAGUGAGUCCAUUUUAGUCUAGAAGUAUUUGAAACCAAUGUCAUUUUUUGGUUGGCUCUAGUCAGGGAACGGGGACUUGCUGCCACUUCUUAGUCCCUCAACCUGGGGCAGGAAAACUCUCUUCUCUAAUCUCUCACCCUCAUUGCCACAUCCUUCAAAUAAGUGCAGAUUUUAUUUCAAUGGCAAGUUUCAAGCAGCCUUAGGAUUGAUAACCAGGUGUUGUUCCGGAAAGGAGCUCUUUGAGGACUACACAAAUGAACUUGGGAAAGCUUUAUAGAUCAAGCUAACUUUCACUCUGUAGUAUCUGUAGUAUCUGUAUCUGUAGGUAUGUUCUUUGUGAAUGGUAAUUCAAGGCUGUAGCUGACAGAGGGGCAAUGGACUCAAUGGUCCCCUCUCUCUUAAAAAAAUUUCAAGCAAUUUUUUUUUUAUGCCAUCUGUCCAUGGAGUUCUGGGUAAAAAGUUUGAACCUAAUUAAAUAUUUCCUUUGAAAGGUGGUUUUUGCAAGUCACUAGUUUUGGAAAAUUGGCUUCUACAGAGCUCUUUACCUCAAACCUUUGCUUUGUUGCCCCCUCUUGGCCAAAAAAAAAUUUUCAAUUAUGGCCUAGUUUGUAAUUGGCUUGAAUGGGUCUUUAAAAUUUUCAGAUAUUGAAAGCAAGUUCCACAAAUGAUGCAUAUUCCCUGAUCACUCUCAUCGAGGGAUAUUACAGACUGAUGGUUAACCAGUACAAGCUGCUUCUACAAGGUUAGUAAUUUGCUGACUGGAGGAAUGAGAUCUUCUGGGUUUUGCUCCAAAUCCGUACAUCUUGACCGAAUUAUUCUGUUGUAGCUAAGGAUUGAAUUCUUGGAAAUAAACAAAAAAAGAACCAUUCAUCUGUAAUGACACAUUUUAUGUUUAUUUCUGUUUGUUUGUUUGUUUUCUAGGCUCCAAGAACUUAAGUGCUGCUAUACUUCAUGGGCCUAUCACGUAAGUGAAUGUCUUAAUUCAACCCUUUGACCCCUAAGAGUGACCAGCAUCUAAUUUCUCCUUACAAUAUCACCGUUAGAUCACAUGUUAAGGUCACAAGAUUAAAAGACAUGAUCAUCAAAUGAAGGAGCUUUUGAUUGUUAAACAAAUUCUCCUUGUCAGCACCAUACCUAAGGAAAUGCAUACUGAUUUUAAGGUGUAAAGGGUUUAAACUACCCAGUAGAUUAAGACCGGGUUCUUGAGUUUUGUUUUGUCCUAGCUAUAGGGCCAUGCUAUUCGUGCUCUUUCUGUCAUAAUAAUUUCUUAAUCAUCCUUUCAGGCGUGACAGAGCCUCAAACCUGCUACUUAGAGGAACAGCAGAAGGAGGAACCAAAGAUGGCUUUUUCCUGCUACGAAAAAGUCGAGAGGCCUAUGACAGCUAUAUACUCUCAGUCUGCGUUGCAGAGAAAGUCAGGCAUUUUGUUAUCAAAUUCAUUGCUGAAACUGGAAUGUAUUGCUAUGAAAGUGACUCAAGCAAAGGAUUUUCUGAUUUAAUGGGGCUGGUGGAACAUUACAAACUUUCAGCAGUGAGUUCAUUAUUUUACCAGCCAAAUAAAUCAUUAACCCCUAAACCCCCAAGAGUGAUUAGCAUCUAAUUUCUCCUUGCAGUAUUACCCUUGAAUCACACAUUAAGGUCACAAGAAUAAAGGAAAUGAUCACCAACUAAAGAAGCUCUUGAUUGUUAAACAAAUUCUCCUUAUCAGCACCUUAGGAAAUGUGUAAAGUUUAGUAUGAAGAAUGUGCAUACUGAUGUUAGGAUGUAAAAGGUUAGCAGAGGAAUCAGCAGAAGGACUUAUCUGUUUAUGAAAAAAUUUAAAAUGAAAUUUAAACUGCUGCAUUUAAAACGAAUUAACUAGCUAGUUAUUUAUGACCAAACUUGAAAUGAUUAAAGAAUACUUAUGUUUAACUUGCAUUCCACUCCAGGAUGGACUUCCUGUUUGUUUGGAGCAGAUGCUUCCACCAAAUUGUGAAGGUGAUAAUUUUAAUUAAUGCUGACAGCAACAAAGGAUUUUGUUGGACGUAUUAAAUUGUUAUCCAAUGCCUUAAGGAGCAUGUACUUCGCAAACUUACUUUUAGUCUGUAGAACAAGGAACAAAGAUAUAUAUAUUUAAGUAAUGUGUUGUUGAUUCUGAAAGUUUGUUUUAGACCUAGAAUUGAAUUGUUGCAAUUCCACAGAUGGUUCUGUGACCUGUGACAAUGGAUUCUCACUUAUCUUAAGUUGAAGUAACAGCCCCUUGAUUUUCUAAAGCAUUGGAUUACUUUUGAUAUAAAAUCUGUGAGAACAUCUCAUGGUAACCUAAAAUAUUCAAUUUAUGGCAUUUCCAUUGCAUCUUUCAGUGUUGGGUAGCAAUUGCAUAUCAGUGUUUGGUGUACAUUACACAAUAUACAGGGAUGUAAAGGGAUGUAAAAGGAAUAAAAUGCCCAGAGAAUAAACAUUUUUCAGCCCUUGUAGGCAAGGUAUUAUUUCUUACCUCAAGGGGGUAUAUACCAAAUUUAAAUGGUUCCCCUUAAAGUUGAAAUAUACCAUGUUGAAAUUGUUGACUCCAAUUGCACACACAGCUGUUAGGUAUUGAAUUUUUAUAGCCAGUAGCUUCAAUUGUUUAUUUUUCUAUUAGGUUUUGCAGCAUUGCUUGAUAGACAGGUUUUUACACCUGCUGUACCAGAAGUUCGUCUCCUUGAUUCUUCUUACCAACUACAAGACUUGAAUCUGGAUGAAGAGACAUAUUUGCUAUCGGUAAAACACUACAACUUAAAGUCAUUUAAUAAUUUUACAAUACUAUAUACAUUUCUUGAUCAGUAGAUAGAAACCUUGAACAUUCUAAAUCUUGUUUGAUUUAUUCUCCCACUGACACAGCACCACAGUUUCCUUAGUAACUUACUUCCUUGUUAUCCAUGUGAAUGGCAGAUGAAAAUUGUAAGAUUUCUUGCACAUACUUCUCUGUCAAACUUCAUCAUCAUUGUCAUCAUCAUCACUGUUGUUGUCAUCCUCAUUAUCAUUGCCAUGAAAAUCAUUUAUAAUAACACCUGUGCAGGAUAACUUUUUAUGAAAAUAGGUGAUUCACUUAUGCAGUACUCUCCAUGUGGGAUGGACAAAGUAAUCAACAUGAUUUCUUGUCUCAACAUUUCAUAUCACAGUGCUAAUAUGCUGGCUUUAAACCUUUUGUAUAUGUAACAGGGUGAAUUUGGUGAAGUAAAGAAGGGUUACUGGGAAAGAGGAGAUGAACAUUUUCAGGUGGUCUCAAGGGCACUGAUCAAACCUCUGGGAAAGAAUGUAAGCUACUGUUGAGAAUUCUAUCAUGUAGCAAGACUUAUUCAUUGUAUAACAUUCAAUUACUACACCACUUCCUCUUUUGACAAACUUCAAAGAGCUGGAAAGCAGAUUUGCUAACUUAGAGCAGUCUUUGGUUUGAACCUAUGGAUAACAUGUGGUAGUUAAGUUUGAUCACCCACAUGAAUGAAGUCCUGAGAAGGAAUGUUGUCGGUGAUGGUGACUGACAUUUUAGCAAGUGACUCUGAUGAUGACUUCCAUUUAGGUUGUUGAAAUGUCAGUCACCAUUAAUUACUGCCAACAGUCUUUCUGAGUACACUCACUGGGACAAUCUACACUGUCACGUAGAACAGACUUGCCUACAAAAUUAUCACAACUAGGAACUAACCAAGCCUAGUAAAUGAAUAAUUUGUAACAUCAAUGAUAAAAGUAUCAUUGGAUGAUGAGUUUAUUAUUUCAUGUCCCUAGAAAAUCUUUAGCUUCAAAGAGUUUAUGACCAAGUUCACAGAGCUGAAGAACACGUACCUGACUAUGUUUUAUGGCAUACAAGAAACUGAAAGAGCCUUGAUCUUUGUAUUUGAAUGGGUACCAGAAGGUCCUCUUGAUCAAUAUGUUAAGAAUGAAAGGUAAAUUGCUCUUUCAAUUGAUAAGUAAUGGGACACAUGACCUUAAUCACCAGAAUUUGCCACCCCAGUUGUCAUUCCUCUAAAUGUGACCAUUUAUAAACUGUAACACAGUGGCCCGAUCCUCUCAUGGAUGGAAGAAUGUCACCCUCUCUAUCUCCAUCCCAUUAAUUUCAUAUCCCCUUCCUCUCUUUUACCCCCCUGCCCCCCCCCCCCCUUCACUCACCUUCAGCAGGGGAGUGUUGGAAAAUCAGGCUCUUAAGAGAAGAGACAUAGUGGGGCACUUCCUACAUGAAUAUAAGCUACUUCAUAUGAAGUUGUAAGACCAAGCAUUCAAUUCCUCCUUUCUAAGGCUCAUCACUGUGCGGUAAUACACAGGGUAAAGAAGCCAUGCACAUUCCCUACUGGCACUUCUUCCCCUGGACGUGAUGCAAGCUGUUGAGAUGAUAUAACUGAGACUUCUGGCUUCUUUGCCUUAAAUUUGCCUGAAUUUCAUAAUUGGCUGAGUGUAAUCACUCUGCCUGAUAGGGUCAGAGCUACACUAUGCCAUAGAGCAUGUGAUCCUAUAGCUAGUUCCAAAUAGCAACAUGAAAGAAGAAAAAGGCAUGUGAAGCUUCUGUGGGCAGAAAAAGGGGAAUUGAUGUGAUUCAGCUGUUGUGUUUUGCAAGGGUCUGAUAAGAAAUUUACAAAUUGCAAUUUUAAAAUACACAUUUAAUGAGGGACCUUGAGGUUUUAAUUUUGACAUAAACCCACCCAUAAAAGCAUUGUCCUAUUAUUCCAGAUGGCUGUCUUCUACAGAGUGAUAUAGGCCAUUUGAUUUUCAUCAUACUCCAAUUAAAAAAUGAUAACAAAAGAUAAAUUUUUGCAAUAAUAUUAGAAUAGUUGACAAAUUAAUUUUAUUUUGCAAUUUUUUUUCUGCAGCAGUAAAGAAGAAAAUGGAAUGACAAUUUCCAGGCUCGUUUCAUAUUUAAUGCAGAUUGCAGAGGGGAUGAUGUUCUUGCACAGCAAGGUAACCAGACAAGCUCAGCCUAUGAUGGUAGCUUCAUAUUAGAUAAUUCCAAAUUUAAAGUUGUUUUAGCCAAAUUAUCAGUCACAAGAGUGUAGUAUUUGUGGCCAUCUGCAAUGAAAACCACAUUAGAGCAAUUGGAUUUUUUUAAAUUUUAUUUCAUUCAAAGAGUAUUAAUUUUUACCUCAUUCUCAUCCACUCUAUCACGAUGUUGUUUUUUCUCAUAUAUUUUAUUAUUAUUAACUUAUUUCUUAAUUCCAGGAUUGUGUUCAUGGUAGAUUGUGUGCACACAAUGUACUAGUCGUUGACUCAGAAUGUGUCAAGCUCAGUGAUUUCUACCUGAUACAACUUCAAAAGAAUGGUCACAGCUUCUAUCAUGGGUCCCAAAGUGGACGCAGGUGAGAGGCUUUGUGAUGUGUUUCAACACUCUUGUCUAGUGCCUUCAUUAGGGGUGAUGAUGAAGGUACAUGACAGGAGUAUCAAAACAUUGGGUCUUUGAAUUUUAAGUUCUCAGUUACUUUCAUGAAAUCUGUAAACCAGAGUAGCAUUAAACUAUAUCCAAACACUCUCCUUUCUAGUACCAGAGGAUCAUGCCAUGGAUUGGCAAAGCAGUAGUUUAAGGCCUCAUUUGAACUUUUGUCAGUUUUAUCUAAAAUGCUACUGAAGGACAACAUUCAACAAUUAUCAAAAUAAAGCUGUCUGAGGUCCUGUCCCAGCCUGUUUCCGAAACAAUUAGAAACUGGAAAAGGCUAAGGAAACAUUGUAGAACUUGGAGGAUAAUACUUAAUACUGUCUAAAAUGUUUUAAAAAAACCAUACCACAUGUUUGAGGAAUACCACAGUGCUGCAAGUUGGUGUUAAAAUUAUGGAAAUACUACAAGAAAAAUUGUCCAAUACCGCAAUACGGCAAACCCCAAUGUUCUGCCUGUUACGUCAUACUGAAACAGUUACUGUAACAGUUGUGCUUUACCUUUAACUUUACCUCUAACAUGUCUUCAAUAGUUACUGUUGGUGGUCACCUCAGGCUUUGCUUGACAAGAAAUUCACCAAGGAAAGUGACAUCUGGUCAUUUGGAGUCACAGUCUGGGAAUUGUUUACAAUGAAGAAGCCUUAUCAUUGUUCUUUCACAGACCAUGUGUUGCCUUAUGAAGAGGUAUUUAAAAUGUUUGUUGUUGAAAAUACUUUUAAGCCACUGGUGACAUUGUAAAGUGCAGUACAUCGCUGCAAGUAAAAAUAUCAAUGCAACAAUUAAGUUAAAGGCUUGUGCAAUACAAUGUCUUAAAAGGCAAGAGAGGUUCAUAAAUAAAACUUUUAUCCUGUUCUCCAUGACAUGGCUAUUCAAGAAGAAAUGCUGCUGUAUGAGCUUCUCUUUUCCUUCAAGCAGUGGUUAACAAUUUAUAAUUCAGCAGAGGCAGCAGAACACUUUGAAGUGUGAGGGACCAAGGGUAUACUCGGUUUCUCAAACACAGGCGACACCACAGUCAUACCACAUCUAAUUUUGCCGAGCACAAUCCUGAUGAAACAAUUUGGAGAGAUUUUGAGACUAAAUGUUUUGUCAAACUAAUUUAAGCUGUUUUAGCAAUAUUGUCGGCACUGAAGUGUUGGAAGGGGGGGGAGGUGGACUGACUUAGGUUGAGCUCCUUAAGUUUUGGAUGGGAGUGAUGAAGCCCCCCACCCCCUUGUUCCACCGCCCAUUUUUUGAAGGAAUUGUCUUGUAUUUAAAGCAAUGAUGUUUUUGAGUGAAGGAAAACACGAUAUGGAACUUCUUGUACAUGUAUUAGUCACUUAGUGCUUCACAUUGUCCAACCAAUAUCCCUUGACAGGUGAGGAGUCGAUAUAUGGCAGCACGUUAUCUUGUUCCCAAAAGGUGAGGAAAAGUCUUUGUUGGGCCCUUUAUGCAAGAAAUUCUUUCACUAAUAAAUAUCCAUGAAAUGAGAUAAUUAUACUUAGUAUUUUGAAUCAUAAGUUUAAGAUUCCAAUGACUCUAAAAAUUAUGUUUCAGCCCAAACUGUCCAGCAAGUGUGGCAAAUCUAAUUGAGAGAUGCUUUGCUCCCAAACCAGAGGUUAGCAUAAUUAUGUUUUUUUUUUUUCAAAUUUUAUUUAUUAAUAAAUGUUUGUGUGGAAAAGAAAGUAAAGUUCUUGCUCAUGUCUUGUAAGGAAGGGCUCAGAUGCUCUAAGGAUCCGCUUUAGAAACUCUCUAUGGUGGCCUUCUUAAAUUUCUUCAGCAACUCAGUGGAUUGUGAUAAAACUAGGUUAUUUUUAUAAGACAUGCUCUCUAUGGUGUACAAGGGCAUCUACAUAUAUUGAAUUUCAUUGAAACCCCUUUAAUUAAUCAUUACUAUAUUACUGUCUUACACCCCACAGGACAGAAUGUGUUUCAGGGAUUUGGUGACAGAGCUUCGAUCACCACAAUUAAGUGAGUCAAUCAUGUUAUCUGACUUUCACUGCUGAUUUUGGUGCAGUCUGCUUUUCUAGUGUCUAAGAGUACUGAGUUUGACUUUGAUUGGAGAUGGCUGACUACAAAAAUUAACAGAAAAGAAGUUUUUACCAGUCAAAGGUUAUAAGAGGGAUGUUCUUUUUAGGAAUGUUUGACACUUGGACAUGUAAGAUGUCUAAGUAACGACAAUGGGGCUAACUUUAGAGGGUUUGCCUAGAUUUGCAAUGGAUUUAAAAUGGAUGAUAUGUUGUUAUUCCCAGUAUAGUUGCUACAGGUAUCAUUUUGUUGUCAGUAUAAUUUCAUAGAUUUUGUUUUUUUCCCUUUUUCUGUUUCCUUUUGAAUGGUGACGAAUUUCUGAGAUUGUUCAAUUAAAUUUAUGCCCUUACAAAUGAGGUAGCAAAGGUUUCAGUGCUGUAGUUGAAUACAGAAACAGUUUUUAUAUGUUGAGGGACACACCAACUCCAAGAAAAGUGACCUAAAUAUUUAACAGAAAUUUAUUUUGUUUCUAGUUUCUGAUGAUGACGCUUCCCAGAUCCUCCUCCUCCCCCUUGAUUUCACAGAGGUGGAAGAUUGGGAAAUUCUGCCAUCUUCUGAGAAUGAAUUGGAAUUACAGGCCAUGCAGACAGACUCUCAGGUAAUCUUAACCAGCAAAGAUCUUUUCUCUGCCAUAGCAUACCUUCCACAAGUUAAGAAACUAUUUAUCUCAUUUAAUUCAAUGUGAUCAGAUCCCUGCAUGCCCUGAUCAACACAUGGCUUCAUAGUUCAUUGAGUCUAGGUAAGAUAAAGUCUGCAACUCAUUCCGCUUUUGGUAGCAUGAAGCCACUAGGAGUCUUAAUUGCCCCCACCGGAUGGGAUGCUAGUCCAUCAUUUCAUCUGGCAUCCCUGACAACUUGCCAGUACCCUUUUGUACUCCUGGGUGGAGAGUGGCACUCUGAAAGUAGAUUAAUUUGCCUAAGAAUGCAGCUCAAUUACCCUGCCUGGUCUCAGAGCUAUCUAGACCUUUUUACCCAGAGUCCAGUGCACUGACCAUUUAGGCAACACAUCUCCUAGUUCAUUAUAUAGUAGCAUCAAAGUAGUAUCUGGGAGGCAUUGGUUUGAAUUAUAUCAAGGCCAGAAUUAGCUUACUCUGUGAUACUAAUUUCCCACACUGUGCACAGAAAGGGUGUAGCAUGGACGUAUACCUUUUAACAGAAAGAACUUGUGACCUUUGAGAUUCUUGUGGUACAAAACUGAUUUGGAAGGCUUUGUCAUCUUUUUUCUUAUUCAAAGCAAAUUUGAUAGGGUGGAUCUAAUCUAUAUAUUGCCUUUCUUUGGUUAGUAAGUAUUUGUAUUUUUUAUGUUUUAUUCCUACUAUCAGCUGCAUCCAUUUGAUCAUGCCAGUUUAUCUAAAUUGCAAGUUGACAGACAAUUGGAAAAUGCCCCUUUUCAGCCAAAAAUCAGGAAAGUCCAGAAUGUAUCAAUCAGCUGCCAAAAAUCUGUACAAGGUCCCAAUUUGCUAAUUUGGUGUCAUCUCUCUUCUUUUAGGUCUCCAAUGUGGACUAUUCUUGCCUCCCUGGUACUGACGAUGGUGAAGACUACAACACUACACUUCCUGGCAUUUCACUAAUCAGCAGCAUAUCCCUCUUUGACAAUGCAAUUUCAAGGAAGAAGAGCCUCUCAAAGACCUUUUCCUUUCCUUGUUUGACAUCUGAAAAUGAUUAUGAAAGUUCUUUACCAUCCAGGGGGCUAGAGAAUUUAGAUGUUAUGAGACAAAGAAGUGGCACUGGCAUCAGUUCUUGUCCUCCAUCUCUCCAGACUAGUAAUGAAGGAUCACUUGAAAGAACAGGACAGCAGAUGGAGCCCACUGAGACACAAGAAGAAGCAAGAUAUGUUCCAGCUCCCUUGGCUGCAUUGCCAAGAACAAACCAACAGACAGUUCUUGUGUUCAGGAAUGGUACAGAAGACCUUACUGAAGCACAGUCAGAAGAGACAAGCAGCAGUGACAACUGCAGUAACGAUGAUGACACAGCUGGAGCUGAGGCUUUAGCAAUGCAGUCCUUAGGGAAGCACCUCAUUAUGUCAGACCUUGAUGAGCACCUCCAUUCAUCAGCAGUGGAUACAGAAUUUGAAAUGUUCUCAGUUAUUCCUGAUGGUGAUGUUGAUCAAGGUGAUGAAGAAGAUGUUGAGCAGUUAUCCGAGUUUGGUUCAUCUAUGUACAUCAGUCUUGAAAAGGCUACAAAGGAUAGCUCAGUUACUAAGGUUGUCCAGCCUACAUGUCAUACAGAAGAGCAACAUGGGAAAUCUAGAGCUGGGUCAUAUGUUACUCUUACCAAUGGAACAAGAGGAUCAGAACCACAAGAUAAACCCAAAGGUUCAGCCUUCUUGCAACUUGCAUCAACAGGCCAUGGAGAAAAUGGAGUCAGUUCUUCUCUUGUUCAAGCCACACCUCUACCAUCUCCUAUAGUCAACAUAGCUGCAACAAGUGGAAUGACCCAGACUACUGAACAUCAAAAUGUAAAGGAGAUGGUUGAUUCCCCAUAUCAGAGCCACUCAACAGCAAAACAGAGUCAGCAGCAAAAGUUUACAAAUGAACUUGUGGCACAAUUUUCCAGCAGCAAUGAUCUUCCAGAAGGAAUUGAGCAUUCGGAUGAUGAAGAUAGUGGACUUAUCACAACUUCUUGCACGUCACCAGAUGAGUUUUUAGCCUCUUUUACUAGUAAUUGUGUUACAAAAGAGACUGAAUCAUUUUCUCUUGAGCUGUUGUCAGAAAUUGAUAAUUAUUCACUUGAGGAAGGGUUUUCCCCCUUAAUUACUGACCUGCAAGAGGAAAGUGGCAUCAACAGUGCAGAUUUUUGUGGUAAUGCAGAACUAAGCCUGGGUAAAUGUUUUCGGGAUGAUACUCUGGGAUUAUAUGCAAAUAACAUACCAGAUCAGUCAUGUGAAGACAAGGACAAUAUCCCUUUAGAUUCCCAGUUCUAUGAAGAUACAGAGCUUGAGGGUCGUGAAAGCUUUUCGUGUGUGAUGGCUUACAAUCAAGAAGAGGAUGAAAACAAGCAAGAAGAUAGAACUAGAACUUUAACAAAGAGAGGGAUUAGUGGGCAUGGUCUAGAAUUCCCAGCAUUAGCCGAUCCAUUGGCCCCAGUAACUGAGUCAGCUUGCUUUCAUCUGCCAGAGAUGAUGGAAACAAACUCUGAAGAGGAGAGUGAAGAUGAAGAUGCUGAAAACACAGAAAAUGAAGACACUUCAUUGCAUCCAGGUCUAUUUGAAAACACCAUCUUGAUGUUUGACCGGGCACAAGAACAUCUGGAAAUGAAAGAAUUUACCCUGAACAACCUCUCAAAAGAACAGGAUAAACCAUCUGAGCACCUUGAUUUCAAAGAAGACCACUUUGUGGGCCAGAUUGAUGAGACAGGAAUAGAAGACACUUGUUCACUUAGUGAUGAUCAGGAAGCCAGAGGUGGUUUUGAAGAAAAUGUUUCAGAAAGUCAUGAUUACAAGAAAGAGAGUGACCUGAAAGGUAUACCAAACUUUUAUACAUUUACAAAAAUCAAUUUUCAAGCUUCUUAAGCCCUUUGAUACCCACCACAACACCACCUAGCUCAAUAUUAUAUCAACCUUUAAAUUGAUUGGUAAAUAAGAUCAUGAGAAUAAAGGAAAUUAUCACCAAAUAAAGAAGCUCUUGAUUGUGAAACAAAUUCUCCUUGUCAAUUCUCCUUAGGAAUGUGUGAAGAACAGUAUGGAGAAAGUGCAUAGUGACAUUAGGGUGUAUAGGGUUAAAGUCUGGUCAUCUCUUUCUUUUUGCAUUAAAGUUUUUAGGUAUACUCUCCUGACCAUUAUUUCUUGUCAUAUAGUUUAAUGCCAGGAAAGUUCUUUUCCUUUUGUGUUUAUUUUACAUGCCACCUCUUAUUUCUUUACUAUGCAAUUAAUGCUUCAACAGGUGGAAUCUCAAGACAUCAUGACAGGAAGGUAGAGGGACAACAAGGAAGACCUGUAAAUCCAAGUUACAAAUUUUUCGCAGAUGAAUUGCAAGAGCCAUUGGAUUCCUUCAGCCACUCUUCGUCAUCUGACGGAAUCUGGCCCUCCCGAAGUAACAUGGGAUUUAGGAGAUCAACAAUCGGUAUGCAGUCUUGCUGUCAAGUCCAUAUUCAUUUUUAGAUAUAAUUAUAUAGAAUUUAAACCCCUCUUAAAUACCCUUGCAUGUAUUUGAUGCAGGAGAGGUGGUGGCCUAAUGAGGUAGGGGUGCAAGACCUGGCCUGGUCAGUGGGUUGUGUUCUUUGGGGAAGUGCUUUUUUUGUGCAUUGCCUCUCUCCACUCAGGAAUAUAAAUAGGUACUGGCAAAUUGUGUAGGAAUCUUGAUGAAAUGCUAGGGGAGAAAACUUACUGUGGAGUGGCCUCUCAUCCAGGGGGAGUAGUGAUACUCUUAGUUGCUUCAUGCUAUGGAACUGGGACAGGCUUUUGCUGGGUGAGCCACUGGGCUCAAGUGCAGACUGUAUAUUUGUUUUCAAAAGAUUGUGUCAUUAUAAUUGUUACAAACAUUUACAAACAGUUAGUGAAAAGCACCAUCAUGAUGAUAAAAUAGUCAGCAGAAUUCAUACUUGCUGAAAGUUCAAGAGAAUAAAAGUGUUUUCUUUUUACCUUUAAUCAAGGUUCAACCUCUUCCUGUACAGAGGAACCUCCAACUUUGGAUUUGAGCAAGAUUCCUGAUCAGCUUCUCAUACCAUCUGAAGACUUGAAUUUGCAAGAUAUUCUUGGUCGGGUAAAUUGCCCUAAUUUCUCUUUCCUCUCAAUGUUUUUGUUGCUUCAAUUUGUUCCUCUGUUCUUCUCAAGGGUGGAAGAGAAAGUUGAUCUUGUCUUUCAAAAAUCCCUGACAAUCACUUGUUAGAAUUGUCAAUGGCUGAUAUCUCUUUCUUUGUUGCCAACAAACACAGGGUCAAUUUGGUGAAGUCAGGAAAGCAAGCAUUGUAUCCUCGAAUCAGAUGGGAACUCCCAAGGUAAUUUCAACAACAACCAUAACAGUGAUUUAGUCAAAGCAUUGUUAAAAUGGCUAUAAAACUUGUGACAAGUCAAAACCCUUGUCACUCUGUUAAUUUGCUAGUCAUGCAGUAUUGUAAGAUUGUGAAAAAAUGCUCUUUUUCAAUGUAACUGAAACAUAGCUGAGUAACACUUAAAUUAAUGAAUAUGUACCUUUUCUUAUCCACCCUAACAUUAGCAUUCAUAUUCUCCACACUUUUCUUGUUAAGUUUUCUAUGAUACCAAAAAGGAGAAUUUGUUUGACAAUCAGGAGCUUCUUAAAAUGGUGAUCAUUUUCUUUAUUCUCAUGACCUUUAUACAUGAUUUAAGGGUAGUACAGUAAAGAGAAAUUAGAUGCCAGACCCUCAUAGGGGUUUAAGGGUAAGCAGUAACUUAUUGAUUAAUACUGAGAGUAUGUCAUUAGUCAUGAUCCAUUACUCAUGAACUUUUCUCCCUUAGAGAGAUGAAGUUGCUGUCAAGGUACUGAAAGACAAGGCAUCACUUAAGGACUCUACUGACUUUAUCAAGGAAGUAGAAACAAUGGUUCUGUUAGCAUCAAAACAGGAUUGUAAAUACAUCAUCAAACUUCGUGGAGUCUCCAAAGGUAAAUUAAAAAGAUCUUUUAUCAACAAUUUUUCCCUACUUGAAGAUUAUUUUGCAUCACACACAUGCAUUAUUUGAUUUCAACAGGUGCCAGCCUAAAACUUUAACCCUUUAACUCCCAGAUCAAAUUUGUAAUUCUUCUCACUGUUAACCAUACAAUUCUUAGAAUGUUAGUUAAGAGAAUUGGAUUAAUAUCAGUAUCUGGGCAACUGCCCACCUACCCCUCCCCUAAGUCAACAACAGUCAUUAGUUAUUCUCAUUAGUUAUCUGGUUGAUUUUGUAUUGAUAUUGUAAGGAGAAAUUCUGUCUUGGUCACUCGUGGGAGUUAAAGGGUUAACAGACCAGUAUCCAUGUUUACUCCUGGAAGUCACUGUGCCCAACAACAAGCCUUCCAUUGCAUUUUUAAGCACAUGAGCAUCCAUUAUGAGACUAACUGUGCAAAAAAUUAAAACUAGAAUUAUAUGUCCCACCUGACUGUAGGUGGGUACUGACACCUGUGUCAGUGCCAAUAUCUGCAUUGCUCAGAUUUGAUUCCUAAUAUUUCCUGCAAAAAUUUGACUCAUAGAUAGUCUAAAGUUGGAAAUGUUAUCUCUUAUUUCAGAUGAGAAAGGAAAACUUAUGCUGGUGACAGAGCUUGCUCCACUGGGAGCUUUGGUGCAGUACUUACCCAAAAACAAGGUGGGAUACAGAUUUACAUUAAAAUUUUCCCUUUUAGAACAGAGAAACUACGUAACAAUUUCAAUAUGGUUUAGCCUGCUGAAGCAGAUUGGUACUCACUGAUAAAGUUGAUUUUCUGACCUAGAGGAAAACUACUAGGCAAAGCCUAUUACUAGUUUGUUUAAUAUGUGGGGGCGAUGAGUUACUUAAAAUUAUUCUACUAGUGUUUAUUGAUGAACAAAUUCCUUCUCAAUUAUAAAUAUCCACAAAAGCCUUUGGACUUCUGAAUAAAUUAUGAUCUGCAGGCAAACGUCUUCUUCUGGUCAUGGCCAAAUGUAGUAAAUUUUUGUAGUAGGUAAUUAAAAUAGAGCAGAAAUUUUAUUCUACCGAAUAUUAUAUUAAUUUGUCUAUCAAUUACAUCUAUAUGCACAUAAUUCAACCAUAGUCCAUAAAUACUAUAUUUAUUUAACCCUUUAACUUGUUAUUUUUGAUCUGACUAAAAAUUCUCAUAACUAAUCUAUAAGGAAAUGUGUAGCAGCUGGAGGAAAGAAGUAACAGUCAGAUCUUGGGAGUUAAAGAGUUAACAGUGAAACAAAAUGAGAAGAGGUUGAUUUUGAGAAAAUGACUGUACUAUUUUUUUCUCAAAAGGAAAUUCUUCAAACACCACAGCUCCUUGAAUUCUGUUUGCAAAUUUGCAAAGGAAUGAAUUACCUGGUAUGCCUGAAUGAUUUUCUGCUGAUGUUACCUAGAGACCUUUAGACAUUUAAAAACAAUAGACUUUUCACUCAAAAGUAAGAUUACAAACUUCAAGGUUCCUUUGCAUGCUCAUUAAGGAAUAUUAACCUUGUCUACGAUUUUGAGAGAAGUCUGUCCUUAGAUGGUAGAAAGCCUAAUUGAUCAGGGCAUGGUCUGUCAUCUAGAAUCUUCAUAGUAUGAAAGAUCCGAUAGCCCUCCCUUACCGAUAUGUGCCCUACCCUUUCCCUUUCUUCAGAUAAAAACUCUAGCAUUGUCAUGUCACCUUUGGGCUUUAAUUUGUAGCUUUCAAUUUGAAAAGAAAUUUCUAUUUCAAAAUUUGUAUCAGUUUCUGGUAUCAGCAUUAAAAACCAUUGGUUUUCCAACAUAAAAAAAUGCCUACUUUACCCAGAAAUCAUUUAACCUGGGCAACAAUCAUGUUCCCAUAAAUGUGUUUUAAAAUAGUCCCUCACCACCACUGAUAAGAAAGCUAUUGUACCCCUCCCCCCUGAAGAGGCACAUUAGUCAAUUUUUUGGCCAGUUAUUUGCAGUGCUUCUUGGAGUGGAGUAUUUCUAGGAACAGUUAUGCUUUUCAAAAUGUGAGAUUGCUACAGGUCCAAAUGAGGACUUUCCUAAGCCUAUUUAGGAUACAUUAAUUGGAGAGGAAGAUGUGAAUUAAAACAUUUACUGCUUUUAGGAAACUCAAAAACUACUUCACAGAGACCUUGCUGCAAGGAAUAUCCUGGUUAUGCGGGAGGACCUGGUGAAGAUCAGUGAUUUUGGACUCUCCAGGUUGGAAGAAUACUACAAACUUCAGGAAUCCAGCAAAGUGCCUAUCAAGUGGUAAGAGAGAAAUUUUUUUAGUAAAUUCAUUUCUUUUGUAAGGAAAUGUGAUGGUAGCUUUAAUUUGAAAGUUUGAUCAUCUGAGUGAGUGUAGUCCUGAGAAGAACUGUUGUGCUCAGUAGUGACUGACAUUCACCAACCUAAGCAGUAUUUUUUUUCUUUUUCUUUUUUGGACUCUGAUGAUGACUUCCACUAAGGUUGUUGAAACAUCAGUCACUACUACCAACAACAGCCUUUCUCUAGACUACUCUUGACCAGACACACAUUACCUCCAGGUUCAAACUAUUUACUGUUAGGUAUAAAGGUUGUCUUAUAAUAGCUGACAGAGGGAGCAAAAAUUGGAGAAACAACUGCUCUUAUUUUAACACUUCUGUCAUUCAAUUGUUGAUCCUUUAACUCCUAAGAUCUGAUUGUUAAUUCUCGCCUCUUGCUGCUACACAACUCCUUAUAAAUAAGUAAUUUAGUGUUAACAACUGAGUUGAAAAUGUAAAUUGAUCACUGUGAGGAGUUGAAGGCUGAUGUUUCAAGCAUUAGCCCUAAUCGUUGAUCUCUCUGACCAUAAAAACUUCUUCCUGAUAAGUUUGAGUAUUCUCAUUAAGCGUUCACUAGAAAAACUAUGGAUACCAUAGGGAGAAGUUACAUGUUAGUCACUUCUGGGAGAUAAAGGGUUAAAAGAAAUCUGGGAUUGUGUUACAUUGGUCUCUCUUUGCUCCACUUCUUCAGACUGACCCAGAAAUUUUGAGCCUUCCUCUCACCCCUUCAGAUGCAAAACCAAAAUCUUUAAAACUUUGCAUCUUUGUCCUUCACUAUGGGAAAAUAGUAGGAAUCAGACUUUUUUGGUCAAAGAAAUUGUCUCAGCUGGUUAUUGAAACUUAAUUUGUUUAUUCUCUAAUUGACAUGCACCUAAAAGUUACUUUUCAGGACCUCUGACUGAAAACCUUGGAUAACUGCCUCACAGUUUUGCUUUUCACUUUGGGUUCCAAUUUUUUUGCUUGGUAAAUUUAAAUUCUCUAUUGUACUCUUCAUUCCAGGUAUGCACUGGAAAGUUUGCUAGAAAAACGAUUCACAACAAAAAGUGAUGUCUGGAGUUUUGGAGUGACUAUGUGGGAAAUUUUUUCCUUUGGGGAGAAACCAUACAAAGAUGUUGAAAACCACAAGGUGAGAGAUGAGAAAUGUCUUUUACUCCUUUCACUCCCGGAUCUUGUUAGUAAAUUUAUGCUCCUUGCUGUCUGCCAUACAAUUGUUAUGAUGCUAAGACUAAGAGCAUUCCCUUUUUUUUCGCAGAAGUAAACUCACUGCAAGUUAAAAAGAAUCAACAAAAAAAUUGAUAUUUGUGUGACGCCUGAAACUUUGGGAGUUAAAGCCACACAAAAAGUAGAAAUGACAGUAGUUGCACCUUAUUGAAAUUAAUAUUUUAUGUAAUUGAAAAUCACUCAGCCUAGCUUGCAAGGUCAAACUCUGUGGCUUAGCCAGCUCUGUAGUCCUUACUUUUUGUUUGCCUCAAUCCCUGAGUUCCGUACAGCAUGCUAAAAUGAAUCAACCCUUUUUUGUUCUUUCUAAAAUAAACUUAAUUCUUCUUUUUUGACCCACAGCUCUCUGACUUUCUAGAAAGUGGAAAUCGACUACCUUGUCCACCUAAGUGCCCACCAAAGGUCUACAAAGUCAUGCUCAAUUGCUGGAUAAAACAUACUGGAAAAAGACCAAGCUUUUUCCUCCUGGAAACAACAUUUUUUGAAGAAUUACAAAAGGAUUACCCUCUCAGUGGUUAAUUUUGACAUUAGAGGGCCAGGAUUUUGGCUCCCUCCUUCUUAAACAUCACGCUAUCUAUUGAAAUAGGAGAAAUGCCAGAUUUGUGGGUAAUUGCCAUUUUAUCCAUGCCUCAGAGGAUGGUUUCGAGUCCAAUUUAGUGUUUAUUAGAUCAUGAAACAUUACUAUAAAACCGUUAUUUACAACCAUGACUGUUACUCAACUGUCGAAGCCACUCAUUACUUAAAGACACAGGCUGCAUCUAGUAGAUAGCACAGUAUGUCUUGCUAUCACUUAUCCCCUGGAUAGCCAUUUAUCUAUUGGGUAGCAUCAUCCACCCUUUGAUUACUUGGUACCAGGUCUACCUUGUACAGAGGUAAUGUGGUAUCAUCAUCUGAGUUGAUAACAUAAAUUGGCCACCGUGCUCUGAUAAGGGGCUAACACUUGAAAUUUCAGCUUUGAAACUCUUAUGGGUGGCCAAUUUCUGUUUACUUAUCAACUCAGUUGAUGAUAGCAAGUUACCCUGUUAUACUCUCCCACAUACACAGCACCACAGUUUCUUUAGAAACUUACCCCCCUUAACUUGUUAUGGUCUGGUGUAACAACACCUCUAGCAGCUCUUACCUUUAAGACAAUACUGUGUUCAAAUUAGAAACCAAGGUAAAUCAGAUCUCUCAGUCCAUAUACAGAUCUAAAAUAUCUUAGGUGAAGAUUUUAUUCACAAAAAGGUCCUGUGCUAGAAAAUAACACACAACUUCUCUGUCCUACCUCUUGACCAUUAGAAAAAGACCAAUGUUGCAAAUAUUGGUACCAGUUUUCAGCACCCAUGUUUCAAUUAUACUACUGGCUUUAAGUAUGUUCAUUUUACUGGAUCCUAAAUUGUGAUUGACUACCCAGAUAAGUCACACGGUCAAAACUUCACUCCACUCAUUUCAAUUAGCAUCAUACAUCAUCAAUGAAAAUACAAGUAUCUAAAGUUGGUGGCUACAAUUCAAGCUAUCAGAAUGUUUUGAAACUUGCAACAUGGUUACAAAAAUGAACAGAACUUGCAACAUUCAAAUUACAGAGGAGUGCUAUAACAAAAAAUUUAAAGAGAGAAAAUUAGCAAUUUUUUUUUUGUCCAUUUACUUGUUCUCAAUUUUCCCAUUGAGGUUGAAUCCCAUUAAAUUCACCGUGUUUAAAUUUAAUUGCAUUGAUUAAUAUGCUUAUUAAGUAGCUUGAAAAUUACAAUGUUCCUGCUUAAUUAUAGUAUCAGUUUGAGUUUUUUAAUAAUUAAUAUUUUAGUUGGUGGAACCAUCACCAAGUGUCAAGUGCAAUGUAUCCAUUUUCGAUUGUAUUGAGUGUGUAAUAUGUAUUAGAACACAGUCUUGUUAAUUUUGACUGGAGUGUAAAUGUAAGUUUUCAUACAAAGCACAAUGCAUAGAAGAGCUGGAAUGCUUUUGUGAUUAUUAAACUGUUAUCUCACAGCCAUAUCGUCAGUCUGUUGUUUAUUAAAUUUCAUUGUUUGUAUCCCAUUGAAGUUAUUCAUGU